UUUAUGUAAUAAUAAGUUUUUAUUUUUAAACGAAGAUUUUUUUAAAUAAACCACCACUUUAUUAAACGCGGCCAGGUGAGCCAGAGAAAAAAUUCUUGCGCGUUUGUCCGUUUAAAGUGUCAGCCAAGGUAAUGUCAGUCACGUGAAUGCCAGGCGAGUGGAGUGACGUGUUUUACAACUAAAAAUUUCAUAACAGUGGACUGAAAUAAACACAGACAUUCAAGAAUGUAUCGAAAAAUAAAACAAAGAGAUGAAGAGAGAUUACUUAAAAAACGAUUAGCCGAACGGAAAAGAUAUGCAUUAAUAAAGAGCGAUCCGCACAGAUAUGAACUACAAAAAAUAAAGGACAGACAAAAAUAUUUAAAGCAGAGAGCGGAAAAGAAAAAAUUAUUAAUAAACGAGAUGACACCAGCACAGAAGAGAAUACAAAGGAAAAAGUGGAGGGAAUAUGAACGAAAGCGUAGGGCGGCAAAAAAAGCAGCCAAUGAAGAGGUGAAUUCGGAGUUGUCAGACGAAGAAAUACCAUCAGAAUGCGAAAUCGAAAUACCGGAGAGUUCCGGUGGUGCGGUUCUGAAUUCACUUAUAAUGAAGUUCGAAGAAGAUACUAUAAGCGAUUCAUUAACAACUGCCGGAUCUGAGAAUUUGCUGGCGGAGUUUCAAGCGGACGAGGAAGAGGAAUUUGGUGCUGCAGCGAGGGCGUUAAACAGGUCUGACUCCAAUCCCACGUUGUUGAAGAUCGGGUCAGUCGGUAAGCAGUCCAGGGUAGCUGCAUCGGCACCUCCGCCGCUCCCGCCCAGCGCUCAUCCCAUGAUGUGGCCAGAGGAGCCCGUUCCAAGGAUUCGGCCUGGAGUCAAUGCGGAUGAAUGUCAGAUAUUUGGAGACUUUGUAGCAUCGGAGUUGCGUACUCUUCGCUCCGACGAGUCCAGAAAGAAACUCAAGAGGAUGAUCCAGAAGGCGAUUUUGCAGAUCGGAGAAGAGGAGGACGUCAACACUAUGGACGGAUGAUGAUGAGGAGAUGUCUUCUCUAAUUCCCACGAUCUGAGGAUUAAAAAGGUUUUGUUAGUAAAGUGUCGAUGAAACAGGUUAGACAUUGUUCAAUGUAUGAGUACUGUGUUUUAAUGAUGAAAAUAAUAACAGAACGAUAGAAAUUCAUUAAAAUUUUAUAAUACUAUAACAGGUAUCACAUUCAAUGCAUUGUAGCAUGGUGCUAUUGCUGUAUGAUAUUGUAAAUGACAGUUGAGAGUUUGGCAGUUUGUAGGUACUAUAAAAUAACAUUAUUCAGUGAAAUAUUUGAAGUCGAAUCCAACAUAAUAAUGAGGACCGCAGAUACUAUCCCUUAAACUUCAAUAAUAGUUCUGAAUUUAAAAAUUUCUAACGACGGAUAAAUGAUAAUAUAGGAUACUUUAUGUAUUACUGAUUCAUGUGGGUAAAGUCACGGGAUAUAACUAGUUUAUGUAAUAAUCAUGUUAAAUUGGCAUCGAUUUCAAACAUAUUUUUAAUUUACACCUUCUGAUUAUCAAAUAUUUUGUUCAUUCCAUAAGUUGUCUUAGUAUUUUUUUUUUAUAAUUUUAAUGCCUUAUCUGUCACAUGCCCAUAAUGAUGAUGUUUAUAGUAAACUGAUGAUGUGAAGUCACUUAAGUAGGUGAUUAUGCAUGAGAAUAUUGUUUAAUAUAAAAUAGGUAUCUUCUCAUAUUUAUGUAUUUUUAAAUAACAAACUUUUAACAAGUUUUGGGCAAAUUUGUUUUUUUUUUAUAUGCAGUUAGAGGUAAUUAUGUUUCUAAUAAUCGUUAGCUAUCCUUCACAGUCUGUUAUUUUCUUUUAUUUUUAACAUUUUAAUUAGUAUAUGAAGUACUAAGUCUAUUUAUAAAACAAUAAGUUUUUUAUUAGAAAGUUACUAUAUUUUAUUAUUUUUAUUUGUUUUGUUAAAAACAAAUACUUAAAUAAUUACAUUAAUGAAACUACCUGAAGGAAUUAGAAAUGAGAAUUAGGAAUUUAUGUUUAAAUAGAAUAUAAUUUAUACUUCCUCCUUUUUGAAUUUAAUAGUAAUUAAAGAUUGUGUCUCAUAAAAUAAAAUAGCAAAGUUCAAUUGCGACAAAACAAGGGAUUUUGAUUUAAAAACUACCAAUUUUGAUAAAAAUUUCUAUGGGACCCAACUGUAAGUACAGAUGUAUUGUGUAUAUCCUUAUAGAUAAAAAAAGAAGUUAUAAAAUCGGUUUAGAACGAAUGGAGUUAUGAGUUAACAAACAUGAUAAAAAAUGUGACCGAAUUGAGAAUCUUCUUUUUUUGAAGUCGGUUGAAAAACUCGUUUGUACUUGUGUAAGUUUGUCAGUUCCAUAAAUAACACAUCGGUCACAACAAAUUUUUGAUAUAAUAUACCUAAGUAUAACAAAUAUUUUUUUUGUUAUAGCUUACACAAUUUUUCAAUGAAAUUGUCUAAAUAUAAUUUUUUUUAGAAAACUUCAUAAGGGUUCACUAUUAUAUUUAAGGAUUUAUACUCGGCGUCGUUAUAAUUUAUCAUAGCAUGGCAUGGCUUGAUUUUAUCGUCACGAUACAGAUGAGCACAAUAAAUGCAAUUGUAUAAAGAUAAUUUUAAUAUUCUGUAUAUGAUAAAAUCACGUCAUCGUUUAACAGAAAAUAAAUUUAGCCUAUUUUGAUUU